UCAAUUACAUGUCCAAUCACUCGUUUUAUAAAUACCCAUACUUGCAUUUUUUAAGAGUGAGUGCAUGUGUGUGUAUUUAAUAUUUCAAUACUCUAGUAUCAGUGAAGAGAGAGAGAAAGAGAGAGUGGGUUAUUUUAUUUUAGCCAGCUGGAUAAAUCAAGAGAGACAGAGAGAGAAAACAAGAAGAGAGAUAAAGACAAUCAGUGUGUACAUGAUAAUGUAAUUGUAGUGGUUAAUGAUCACUGAUGAUUACAUGCCAGAGUGGCAUCGGUGGGUUCAUAAAUAUCAGCAGGCAUCAGUUGACCAACUCCAGUAGUGACUAACACUCAACAACACACAUUUUUGUGUCAAGAAAUAAUUAAAAAAAUAAACUAUCAUUGGGUUACAUGUGUCUUUAUCAAUUACAACAAAUUUUUUUGGAGUGAUUGGUUUUUAAACUGAUACUCAUCUUUGAUUCAUCAUCACAAUCUUAUCUGAGUUAAUGAAAAGUAUAAAUUUAUAUCAAAUUUUUUUUUAAAUAUCAGUUCAUUGUACUCCAAAACUACGUAUCAUUUAGAACUUUUUUUUUUUAUUUUGUUUUGAGUUUAGGUAUGAGCAAAGAAUUAUUUUUUUAAAAAUCGAAUACAAUUUAAAAAUGUUGAUCAGGUCAAUGACACGAAAAAAAUAAUUACAUUUUAUUUUUUAUUUUAUAUUGAAAUUAAAAUUACAAAAUAAAAAAAAUUGUUUUUUAAAACUACGUCGAGGAGAAAAUAUAAAAAGUAAUCAUGAAUCAAAAUGAUAAUGAUGAGCCAGUUGCAACAGUUGUUUCUGGUUCACCAUCAAAUCAAUCUUACAAUAAUAAUCCAAGAUUAAAUGAAAAUUCAUCAUUAAAUCCACUUGCUAGUCAAACGUAUUUUGCCAGUGAAAGAGUCAUAAUUCCACAAACAGAUAAUCAUGGAUUUAGUUUUAGAAAGCUAUGGGCUUUUACUGGACCAGGUUUUUUAAUGUCCAUAGCAUACUUGGAUCCUGGUAAUAUUGAAUCAGAUUUAAAAUCUGGUGUUACUGCUCAAUACAAGUUAUUAUGGGUAUUAUUGAGUGCAACAAUUCUUGGUCUUUUUAUGCAAAGAUUAAGUGCACGUUUAGGAGUUGUUACUGGUCUUCAUUUAGCUGAAAUGUGCUAUCGUCAAUAUAAAAAAGUACCAAGAUUAUUUUUAUGGCUUAUGAUUGAAAUUGCAAUUAUUGGUAGUGACAUGCAAGAAGUAAUUGGUACUGCAAUUGCAUUCUAUCUUUUAUCAAAUAAACGAAUUCCAUUAUUUGUUGGUGUAUUAAUAACAAUUGUUGAUACAUUUACAUUUUUAUUUUUGGAUAAAUAUGGAUUGAGAAAAUUGGAAUUAUUUUUUGGUUUUUUAAUAACAAUUAUGGCUGUUACAUUUGGUUAUGAGUAUGUUAAAUCAGAUCCACCACAGUGGGAAGUACUCAAAGGAAUGUUUACACCAAUGUGUGAAAAUUGUGACAGUAGUGCUCUUCUUCAAGCUGUUGGAAUUAUUGGUGCAGUAAUAAUGCCUCAUAAUUUAUAUUUACACAGUGCUCUUGUCAAGUCAAGAGAUAUUGACAGAAGAGAACCAAAAAAAGUACGUGAAGCAAAUAUGUAUUUUUUUACUGAAGCAACAAUUGCAUUGACAAUAUCAUUUUUUAUAAAUGUAUUUGUUGUUGCUGUAUUUGCUCAUGGUUUAUUUGGAAAAACAAAUCAUGAAGCUUUAGAAAUUUGUAAAUUGUCAAAUUAUACUUUGGGAACUGAAGUAUUUCCUGAUAAUAGUGAUCUUGUUGAGGGUAAUUUGUAUAGAAAUGGUAUAUUUCUUGGAUGUACAUUUGGUGGUGCUGCAAUGAUUAUAUGGGCAAUUGGAAUAUUAGCUGCUGGACAAUCAUCAACAAUGACUGGUACAUAUGCUGGACAAUUUGCUAUGGAAGGAUUUUUAAAUCUUCAAUGGGCCAGAUGGAAGAGAGUUCUAUUUACCAGAAUUAUUGCUAUUGUGCCAACAUUUUUUACUGCAUUUUAUUCAAACAUUGAAGAUUUAACAAAAUUAAAUGAUGUUCUUAAUGCUGUUAUGACUCUUCAAUUACCAUUUGCAACAAUUCCCACAAUUGCUUUUACAAGUAGUAUUUUUAUCAUGGGAGAUUUUAAAAAUGGAGUAUUCAGUCGAGUUGUCUCAACUGUUUUGUCAGUAAUUGUUAUCGCUAUAAAUAUUUAUUUUGUCACACAAACUGUACAAGAAAGUAUUGACUCAAGCAAUUGGUAUUGGUACAUUGCAAUUGGAAUAUUUGCAGUUAUAUAUCUUGGUUUUUGUAUUUAUUUUACAAUUCAUAUGAUGAUUUCAAUGGGUGCUCAAUUUUUAACAAACAAUCGAAUUAUUGCAAAAUACAUUGGUGGACCAAUUGAAAUGAAUUUUUCAUUGACAAAUCCAGCAGCUUACUCCAGUAUGGCCCUGCGAAGGACAGUCCAAAAAACUAAGUGUGAUAAAAAAGAGACAAUGCAGGGUUCACGGGAUCCGACAGUGUAGCAGGCAGCUUUACAUCAUUUUAAUAUGGAAAUAAAUUGAAAUUAAAAUUUUACAAUAAUAAUACAAAAAUA